AUGGCGUCUCGUUGGGAUCCAACCCUUACUGUCCAGCCUUUUACUCUCGUACGAAUCGAAGUAUCGAGCUUUAUUGGCCUUCAGGAUGCCGAGAGCGACAAGCGUCCCUCCAACGCUUCUGCAAUACCAUUUCUUCGGUGGUCGCCUCGGGAGAUAAUGAACAUCGAAAACGUCUCACGCAUGUAUGAAGUGUUUGAAUACAGUCUCAACAAACCCAUCAUGGUCUACUGUGGGAGCGAAGCACUCGACUCACAGCUGGUAUGA